AUGGAUUCUUCUCCAGUGAAUCCAUACUUACUUUUUGAGAGCGCAGAGUCAUUCCGUCCCACAGACAAGGUUUCAUAUGCACUGAAACACCCCAUCGGACAAAAAGGCGCCAGGGGUUUGCGAAAACCAUCUCAAUUGAAUGAUGAUUGCUAUCUUCUCCGAUCUCUUGAGGAGCUGCGACGUGUGAUUGCGUUGCCCUUGACGCCCAACACACUGACAACUUUCAACGAGCAGUUUGCAGGCUUAUCGCACAACUCUCCUGAGGCGUCGUCCAUGCCCAUAUUUUUGGAGAGAACGCACGGCGCACCCGUAGAGGAUGCCGAGAGUCACGAAAACGAGCCAUGGGACAACAUCUACUCCGGAACAAGUGUGUGGCGUUGGCCGAUGGAAGUCUUGUAUCAACGGUACCAUUUAUUGAUAGCCAUUGAUUUUGGGGUUUCGAUCGUCGGUGUUUCGAGGAAUGGAACGGUGCUGGUUGACAAGGUGCCGUUUGCCAUCCAAUCGGUGUUGGAUGUAGUUAAAAAAACGAUGCAAACGCGUGAAAAGGAAAAAAAUGAAAUAAAGCAUUGGGUCGACAUGCACGUGGAGGAGUCAGAGCGUCAUAACAUCCUUCGGCAAGUGUGGAACCCCCGAAUUGAUAUUUCCAUCGUCCUGAUUAAUUUGCCCGGGGUGGAGGGGAGUGCGCCGACGUCCGUUUCUUCAAAUUUCUUCUCAUCGGAGACAGGCUGCGCGGCUGACGUGGAGGGACAUCAUGCGCACCUGUUUCCGGCGGGUGCGUUGCCGUUUCCUGCAUUUGAGGGCGAAUUCCCCGGUGAUGCACACUGUCAUCCUCACUUGGUUCCCUUGAUAACACGCUGUGACGCGGGGUUGGUGCUGAGCGACGGUGGGCCUGUCCGGCUUUAG